CAGCCCGCCCUGGUGUGCUCCUGCCUGGCUUCAACCACACAAAAAUAGAUGACAUCCACUACCUAAGAUGUCAUUGUAACAUUACUUAUCCGAGGAGAAACUGAAGCCCUUAUCUUUGACGCUGAAUGGUAAUUAAGUGCCUCAGUUGCCUUUUAAAGGCAUCAGUUCUUUGGAUUUGAUCCUUGAAAACUAAACAACAUGAGCAACUACAGCGUGUCUUUGGUCGGCCCGGCUCCCUGGGGUUUCAGGCUUCAAGGGGGCAAGGAUUUCAAUGUGCCUCUAUCUAUCUCUCGGCUUAAUGAUGGUGGCAAGGCAGCCCGAGCGCACGUGGGGAUAGGUGAUGUAGUUCUCACCAUUGAUGGGAUAAGCACAGACGGGAUGACUCAUCUAGAAGCACAAAACAAGAUCAAGGCAUGUACAGGCAAUUUGAACAUGACUCUGCAAAGAGUGUCUUCUGUGCAAAAACCCGACAUUGUUCAGGUACCAAAGGGAGAACCUAAAGAAGUAGUUAAGCCUGUGCCCAUUGCCUCUGCUGUUGCACCCAAAGUCACUCCCACGGCGAGUGUGGCUUACAAUAAGACACCGAGGCCAUUUGGAGCUGUAACCUCUUCCAAAGUCACCUCCAUCCCAUCACCAUCCUCAGCCUUCACCCCGGCCCAGGCAGCUGUCACCCCGGCCCCAUUCGCUGUGCCCGGACUGCAUGUUAACGCCAAGCCUAACACUGAGCAGCGCUCACCAGUGCUGAGCGCUGCUAAACCUGCAGUUAAUGUCCCACGGCAGCCCACCACACACAAUGCCGGCCCGAGCGCCUCUGCUGGCGACGGCACCCAGGAUGUAGCCGAGGGGCAACGACGAGGAUACAGAGAAAACCAGGGGGAGAGUAAACAGCAAAAUGGGCCCCCACGGAAGCACAUUAUGGAUACUUACACAGAGUUUUACCACACACCCACCCACAGCGAUGCCAGCAAGAAGCGACUGAUUGAAGACACCGAAGACUGGCAUCCCCGGACAGGCACCACCCAGUCCCGCUCUUUCCGCAUCCUUGCCCAAAUCACCGGCACUGAUCAUAUGAAGGAACCAGAACAUGAAGCUUCGAAGAAGACUAAGAAAAGCCAAACAGAAAAUGGAGACUUCAGUGAAAAUGGUGCUAGACCAGAACCUGCAGCCACACUUUUGCCACUGGCAGAGUCCUUCUCUGGCAAUGUUUGCUCUUCCAGGCUUUCAGAAAACAUUGCUGCAGCAACUCCUGGGAGGGAAAUAACUGUGGAUUUGCCUACUCUGGAGGCAGCAAGCUUUUUGAUGCCUGACAAAGCACCUCUCCCUGCAAAGUGCACCGUGGCCACACAGACUGCCGAGCUCCCAGUACCUACAACCGUGGCUGUGGGACUGCCUCUUGCAGACCCAACUAUGGAAACAGCCCUUGAGCUGCCUUCUGCUAUAGCCAGGCAUGAAGCAUCUCUGCUUACUUGUGAAACAAAUUCUUUCAGUAAAAUUUCAAGCUACCAGUCUAAAUCUUCUGUAAAUCAUACAAGCUUCUGUGCUGAAAAAGUACUGCUGGAAAAUCCUUUGGGAAGUCUGUCCAAGUUGGGACCUACUCCUCUUCCCGUUCUUUCUCCUUUCAAGCAGAGAUCAACAGUUAAGAGUAUGGCUGCUGCUGCCGUGUCUGCUGCCAUUGCUGUCCGGGCCAGACUCUCCGAACCUAGUGUCUACCGCUCACUCUUGGAUGCCCUGCUCAUCACGCCUGUCGCUAAGCCUCCUUUGCAGGCCAUGAGGCCCUCCAGGAAGUCCAUGAGUGCUCUGGAGUUGCCAAAGAGCAACAGUGAUUCCGUGGAGGCUGCCCAGCCUGCUGCUUUUACAGCAUCCUCAUCAGCAAACAUGCCUGCCCACCAAGAAAACAUGGACACAAGAUCUGCUACUGCCAGUGCUACAUCUGCUGCCGGUCUCAAGCCAACAGGACCCCCAGGUGCUGCCAAGUACUCGGGCUGGCAGCCUGCAAGCCAAGCAGCUCCUGUCAGUGGAUGGACAUCAAAUAGUGUUAAACCACCUGGAACGGCUGCCCCUAGUGAAAAACCUGCACCAGCACCUCAGCUGAAUGAGCAAGACACGUUGGUUCAGAGGGCAGAGCAUAUUCCAGCAGGAAAGCGUACUCCUAUGUGUGCGCACUGUAAUCAAGUCAUUAGAGGACCCUUCUUGGUGGCUUUGGGGAAGUCAUGGCAUCCGGAAGAGUUUAAUUGUGCUCAUUGCAAAACAUCCAUGGCUUACAUUGGUUUUGUGGAAGAGAAAGGGAUGCUUUAUUGUGAGGUCUGCUAUGAGAAGUUCUUUGCCCCUGAGUGUUCAAAGUGCCAGAGGAAGAUUCUUGGGGAAGUAAUAAAUGCUUUGAAACAAACUUGGCACGUUUCCUGCUUCGUGUGUGUGGCCUGUCAUAACCCCAUCCGCAAUAAUGUCUUCCACUUAGAAGAUGGCGAUCCCUACUGUGAGACAGAUUACUAUGCCCUCUUCGGUACUAUGUGCCAUGGCUGUGAAUUCCCCAUUGAAGCCGGAGACAGGUUUCUUGAGGCUCUGGGCCACACUUGGCAUGACACUUGCUUUGUAUGCUCAGUAUGUAAUGACAGUUUGGAGGGUCAGACUUUCUUCUCCAAGAAGGAUAAGCCACUGUGCAAGAAACACGCUCACUCUAUCAACAUCUGAUGCAUGUAGCUCAUCUUGUGUAACAAAUGUACUAAGCAGAAAGAAAGGUUAAAAUGUCCAUGUUCAGUAAUUAGUUAAAAUUAUUUAUAUACAAUUUUCUAGAAUGGAAAAAAAUGUAGAAACUUGUGGAGGGUGUUGUACACAAAUUUAAAAUUUGUAUAUCAAUA